UCAACCAGUUUCAAUACCGGUUGCGUGCAAGAGUGAUAUCGAUCCGUGAUUUUUUCCCUAGACCGAGCGCGGGUGGAGUGAUUUUGUACAAGUACAAUUAAACGAUAAAGCCUGUGUGCUGUGCCUCAAAUACAGAACAGAGAAAAUGAUGGAGAAGGUCGCCGUCUCAAUGGUGAUGCUGUUGUGUUCGAUCGUGGCUAUUUGCAAUGCUGAAGAUUCGUGUCCGCCGGCACCGAAACAUUACCUGGAGCUCGGCUGCAAGCCAAUUCAAGAUAAAGGACAACGCUGUCCAAACAGAUUCGAAUGCCCGGAGUUAACAGAUCGUAGCGGCGAGAAGUGUUAUUUCAAUGGAAACAUUUAUGACGCUGGGAAGUCAUUGUCUGUGGAAGACCAAGAACUGGUUUCCUGUUCGCCUGGAUGCCGAUGUGAUAAUAAUACUUCUCCUGCAUCUUUCACCUGUGCAUACAUCGAUUGUCCAGAAUUCUUCAAUCAUGGUAGUGAUGAGAGCUGUAUCUAUCAAUAUACUGCACGUGGCUGCUGUGCUUCAGGAAAAGUUUGUGGGGAGGACAUGGAGAAACUAAGCGUGUGUUACAUGGAUGGUGAAAAAUAUCUAGAAGGUCAAAAGAUAUACCCUAAAAACGAUGGUUGCUACUUCUGCCAUUGUCAGAAAAAUUUCGACAACAGUACUAUUGUGGGAAAUCCAAACUGCUAUGAAAUCAACUGCGGUAUUGAGCUUCGCAAUAUCGAUCGAGUGAUGGAGGGUUGCAUUCCCGUGUAUUUUGGAACUGAUCGAUGCUGUCCUAUCUCAUGGAGAUGUCCUGAAGACGAUGAUAAAGUUAUCGUCGAAGGACGACUUGACGCUGUUGAAACUGUAAAUCCAAAAAUGCAGUGUAAUUUUGGAAAUCUUACAAUGAGUGUUGGCGAUUCACUUUUUUCCGACGAUAAAUGCAUUUCGUGCAAAUGCACCGUGCCUCCUAUGCCACAUUGUAUUCAGUCAAGGGAUUGUUGAAGAGUUUGAAUGUCGUAAAAGUCAUUAUGUUAAGUAUUUUAAUAAAUAGUAUAAGUUAUGGGUCAUAAGCAGGCUAAAGGUUGUGCUCUCAUAACGUUUUUUUAUUUUUGAA